UGUUGAUUUAAUGAAUUGAUAGCGAGUUGUAGGAGGUGAUUUUUCGUAAAUUAUCAACUAAUUACUUUCGUUGUUUUUCAAAUUGAAACAUGAAAGAAAAUCCAACCCGUGAGUCGAAUGUAAACGAGAAUGUUAGCACAUCAGAAGAUGAAGAAAAAUAUUGCUUUUCUUGGGCAAUAUGCAAUCCGCGUAAAACUGUACAUCGAUAUUUUGCCCUGAUCUUUAUGUGUCUGUUGGGUUUUGGCAGUUAUUUUUGCUAUGAUAACCCUGCAGCUUUGCAGCAACAAAUUAUUCGCGACAUGCAAGUGUCAACUCAAGAUUUCUCUAGUUUGUAUUCAUGGUAUUCUUGGCCUAACGUUAUCCUGGCAUUCUUUGGUGGAUUUUUAAUCGAUCGAGUUUUCGGCAUACGCUUAGGUGCAAUCAUUUUUAGCUUGUUUAUAUUACUUGGUCAAUUGGUGUCUGCUACUGGAGCAAUUUUCAACUACUUUUGGAUAAUGCAACUGGGGAGGUUUAUUUUUGGCGUCGGAGGUGAAUCUCUUGCUGUUGCUCAAAAUACGUAUGCUGUUAGUUGGUUUUCGGGAAAAGAACUGAAUAUGGUUUUCGGUCUACAACUUAGUCUUGCCCGUGUUGGAAGCACAGUAAACUUAAUUUUGACACCUGAAAUAUAUGACACAAUGAGUCAACGUUUUUCCGAUUAUACUUUGUUGGGUGUGACUCUUUUCAUUGCUUCACUCACUUGUGUUCUUUCACUCGUAGCCGCUUUAAUAAUGGGCUUCUAUGAUUGGAGAGCUGAAAAGAUUUUGAACAAAACAGCAGGACAGACUGGUGAAGUUAUUCGUUUCAAAGACAUCAAAGAUUUUCCAUUGACAUUUUGGUUAAUCUCUAUGGUAUGUGUGACAUACUAUGCAAUGAUAUUUCCUUUCAUUGGCCUUGGAACAGUGUUCUUUGCAAGAAAAUAUAAUUUGAGUCAAUCGGAAGCGAACUUAGUGGAUGGUAUCCCUUACAUCAUAUCAGCAUUUGCUUCCCCUGUGCUUGGGUUGAUGGUAGAUAAAAUUGGACGUAAUUUGUUGUGGGUUUUUGUUGCAGUUCUUCUUACUUUGAUUUGUCACCUACUUAUUGGACUUACAUUUAUAAACCCAUGGUAUCUUAUGAUACCAAUCGGCUUAACUUAUUCUCUUUUAGCAUGUGGUCUAUGGCCAAUGGUUGCACUUGAAGUACCCGAGUACCAACUUGGAACAGCUUACGGCAUUAUGCAAUCAAUCCAAAACCUUGGACUUGCAGUUGUUGCAUUAGCAGCUGGAGCCAUUGUUGACUCUAAAGGUUACAUAUUUCUUGAAGUUUUUUUUAUUUAUUUCGGAAUAGCUGCAGUCAUAUCAACAAUAUUGCUCUUUGUGGUGAAUUCAAGUAGAGGUGGAGCUCUCAACUUAUCCGUUAAAGAGAGAUUAGCCAGAGAAGAAGAACUUAGUCGGCAGGAAUUAGUCGAAAAUCAGAGACUGCUAGCAUCGGGAUCUAUGGCAGAUGUGACGCCUCAUGAUUUAAUGCAACCAAGAUCCGAUUUCUACAUCCGUAACAGAUUCUUGAGCAGAAUUGGGGCUAAGCUUCCACCUCAUUUUGAUAUUACAACAUGUGCGCUUAUACACAGAACUGGAUUAAAAUAAAUUAUAUUCAAUCAGGCUUUGAGAUUGCAUGUAUAG